ACCCGUUCUUCAAGCACCGUCAUUAUCCAUCUCAAUCCACAAAGUUUUGACAAUAUGUUGGACUGCCAGAGUCUUAAAUGGAACCAACAUCUUAUAUAAAGUUCUAUGUUAUCUGUUAGAAUCCUGCGCGACAUCACCAGAAGCAUAGCUAUUAUUUUCAAGAAUUGGACGUGGAGAUUUUAAUCUUGAAAUACAUUGGGAUUAUAUGGGAUGGAAAGAUACAUUUGGGUCAAGUUUAUGGACUGUUAAACAGAAGGCGUAUCUGGAAUCUUUGAAUCUUGAUACAAUGUUUACGCCGCAAAUUGUUGUUGAAGGAAGAACGCAGUGUGUUGGUAAUCAACUUGGUGCUGUUUUGCAUUGUAUUAAAUCUGCUACCAGAUUUGCUGCUCCCUCUUUUCAGGGGACAUUCGAGAGACCAACACCAAAGUCCUUGCAAAUAUCUCUAUUAGGAUCGUUGAGGAGUAAAGUGGGCAACAAUGACGCCAACAUCAUGAUUACUCUGUUCAGAGGCACGAGCUCCAGAUCAGCAGUAGCAUUCCAGUGUUCAGAGUUUGCAGUGAGUCCUUUUCAUUCAAGGACGAUAUGAUUAUUGCUUCAUUUACUAUUUUAGUUCAGUCGCUAGAUGGAGUUAGUUGGGGACAUGUCCCAUCAACUCCUUAUUCAGAUAGUUUAGAGGCUUUCCAGACUAUAGCAUGUCAGACAGUUAUUUCAGAUUUGUUUUGGUAUUGUUAUACCGUUUUCAGACAUUGUCUUAUCAGAUAUUUUAUUCAGAUUUGAACCUUAUGGCC